UCUAUUUAUUUAUUGAAAGAUUAAAGUAGGGGACAACCUCUUUCUCUUUCGAACAAGAAAUUGAAUUCCUAGAGAGAUAAUUGAAUUUUUCCGAGUGGUUGAGCAAUGCAGGUGAGUCCGAAGGUUAAUGAACGCUCCAUUACUGCAGCAACCGAGUCUGCAGAAAAUGAGCUGUUUUCUUACGACAAGAAUCCACAUCCACCACCAGUAGUACGAGAUCAAGAAGAAGAAGAAGAAGAAGAAGAGUUUAGUUUCUUAUGCACAAACCCAUCGGGAUCGCUGAUAUCAGCUGAUGAUAUAUUCCAAAACGGGCAGAUCAGGCCCAUUUUCCCUUUAUUCAACCGAGAUGGUGGUCCCCUGUUCAUUGAUGAUGAUAAAGCAGCAGCAGCAGCAGCAGCAGCAGGAGGAGGAGGUCCGUUCAUGUUCGUGGAAGAACGCAACGAAGCUGAGGGACCGAGCUGCGUGUGGACAGGGGGUAGCAAAGCCUUGCCGGAUCAACAGACAUGCAGGAAGAGCAACUCCACGGGGUUCUCGAAGCUAAGGAGGUUUCGAGAAUUUGUUCUUCGAAGUAACAGUGAUGGAAAGGAUGCCUUCGUCUUCUUAAAUCAUGAAGAUUCUACUUCUAAACAUCUUUCAACAACAACAACAACAGCUGCUACUUCCGAAAAGAUAGGUACUGAGAAGAAGACGAAGAAGCAGGAUGUGGUGGUUGUGAAGAGAAAAGAGCAGAGCAGUAAAAGGGUGUCUUCGUCGUCGUCGUCAGCACACGAACUGCAUUACCUGAGGAACAGAGCGAUCAAGGACGGGGAUAAACAAAAAUCAUAUUUGCCAUACCGGCAGGAUAUCUUUGGUUUUUUCACUAACGUUAGCGAUCUCAGCAGGAACAUUCAUCCUUUUUAGACUAGUUUCUAAAUCUAGAGGUUUGUAAAGUUGAAGUUAAUUAGACUUUGGAUUUUUUAGGAGUUAUGUUAAUACUUAAUCAGCACCUGCUCACUACUCAAGACAUAGCUAGUUUGUUAAGAGAGAUUGUGCUCCAUUAUUGGCAUCUCUCUUACAUGAUUACAUGAAUCCUUCUGUUGAGCAAGUGUUCAUCUCUGUUAAUAGCCAUAACCACAAACAAGUAGACUGUCCAAUGUAAUGGGGGUUUCGAAAACAUUACUGCUAGAUGCGGAAGCCAACAUUAUUAGCAAAA